AAGAGAAAGCUUUUUCUAUUAUUUUUAGAGUCAUUUGAUCACUUAAAAGCGCUCUAUAUGAGCUUGCGCUACCAUGUGGAGCUAACAUUUGCUAAAUUAUACCUUUUCUCCAUAAAUGAAACUUGUCAAUUUGAAGACCAUUCCAUUGAUAAGCAUCGCAAGCGUUUUGCAUAGUCAGUAAAGUAUGAUGACAAAGAAGAAAAGUAGUUCAUCGGUUAUCCUUGAACUGAAAGAAUUAGUUGAUCAUAUCAAUAACACUAUUCCUGAUGUCCCAGGAAAACAACGUCUAGUUAGAAUGUGUCAAAAAGAGACGACUCAUUUUGAGUCGUUGCCGUCUGACGUAGCCGACGAUUCAGCUGUUUGUUCCAAUUUGCCAUAUUUCAAAGCGAUAACCACAAUAGCCAAUUCUUAUGGUAAUCGUCUUGUGGAUUUAUUAUGUCGUUAUCGUCUACCGUUGGAAUCAACUGUCAACAGUAGUAUUCAUGUACAGCAGUUUGAUGAUGAUGAUGAUAAUCACAAUAAUGUUGGCAGUUCUCUUAAUGCGAUUCAUUCAAAUAGUAAUGAUUAUUUAUUACGAUGCGAUAAACAAGACUCUCUGCUCGUUGAUUUAAUAUGUACACAAUCAGAUGAAGGUAUCGAUGAUUUUUCACGAUCUAGAACCUGUUAUGGUAAUGCAGAUGAAGCUAGUCUAUGGGCUCCUGCUUUGUGGAUUAAAGUUGUGACUCGUGAUUCAUCUCGUCUUAAUAAUGCUUGGCGAGGUGAAGCUUCUUCAAAACAUGUAGCUUGUUUGGGACGUCAAGCGGAAGAAUUAGUCCUAGCAUCUCACUGGUAUCAACGAGGUCAACCGAAAUAUUGGAUUCGUGUAAUCGUACAUUGGCUACCACAUGGAUCUUUCUGUGCUGAAAUCAAUGAUAUAGAUUCAGAUUUACGUGAAUAUCUUCAGAAUAUUGAUGUGACAUUACUUACUGGUUCUAAUCCAUGGAUUAAUAACUGUGAUAUUCCUGCUAUCAUUUUCAAAAGUCCUAACUAUACUGUAUCUCUUAGAAAUUUAAUCUUACCUGUAUAUAAAUUCAAGAAAUUUUUAAAUAGUUUUACUGAAUACGAUAACACGUCUGGUGAUUUCAAACAAUUCAAAUUUGAAGCUAUAGAAAAGAUACUGUCAUUGUUGAAUAGAUUGUACAAAACAGUUAAUCACGAAGAACAGAAGGCCAGUAUUCUUACUGAUGAAACGUUAUUGUUUGAAGUGGAUGAUUCAUUGAAUUCCUUUAAAAUUACUUAUCCAAUGGAUGCAGUUUUACAGAAAUGUGCAUUAUGGCCAUUUCUAAUAGAUUCUUAUGGUCGUGUAGAUGAAGUAAAUCGUAUAAAUUUGGAUGUUUCAGCUUUGAUUGCUUUUGUCUCUGAACUGUCACAAUUCAAUCCAAUAUAUUCUCCUACUGAUCAAUUGAUAUCAAUUGACAAUAAAGAUAAUCAUGCCGAAGCUGUAUCUGAUAAAAUUCUAGAAUGUUUACAAUCAGUAGAAAGACGUACACAAUUACUGUUGAACCAUCCUCCACUGAAACCAGAAAAAUUCGAAUGGCUAAUAGAAUCUGAAGCUGAAGUACCAGUACUUCUAUCGAUGGAUAAAUAUCUUCGAGGCAAAGUACCCGUUGUAUGCUUAAGUGCUGUUCAUUCAUUUUUAAAUAUUCUUGCCUUAAUAUCUGGACCAAGUGAAUGGAAACGUGGAAUUCGAUUAAUUAGUCACUUAGUUAUAUUACCUGAUUUAAAUUCAUCAGGUGAAAUAAUUUCACCAUUUAGUAAAACAAGAGAAUCUAAGAGUUCCAAUUAUUUAUUAACUCAACGUAUCAUGGAAUUCGGCAAUGUAUUAGAAGCGCUGACAAUAACAUCCAAUGCUGGUUUCCUAAGAUCUGUUCGUAAAUCAGUAAAUGAUUGCGUACCAAACAGGCACCGAAGCAAAGGUUAAAUAUCUUGGAUCUCAGUGAAAAUGAUGAAUACUUAGCCUACGGUGUGUAGACCUUUCUCCAGCAAAUAAGGUAAAUCUAAGAUUAGUUAACUGAUUUGCAAGUAGUCUAAUGACUUUUCCAAAUCGAAAUUCCCUGGAACAGAUAAUCAGUAUCAUUUAGUCUUGGGUUUCGACUCUUGAUCUACUAAUUUCAACAUAGUUGACAUCCACUUGUUUGGUGUUUGUUAGCUAACCUAGGUAUAGGGAUUCAUUUACUUGGCCUCAAACAAUACUUGAUGCUUAGGAGAUGUUAAUGUCACACGACUGCCUGAACUACAGUAGUAGGUGGGGGUUGAAACUCUCGGCUGAGAGUUCGUCUCUUUUACCACUGAACCACCACUCUACUGAUAGGUUUCAAUGAGAUAAAUGAGUCGUGCCUUUUCCAAAAGCUAUAGAUCGAUCGUAAUAACAGCUUUCAGUGAAUUUGUUACAUGUUCUUCAGUUUACACCAUAACAAUUUUCUUAAAAAUUUUUUUUGCACGAAUACUUUCUUCAUCAAGUUACUUAUUUGUGUACUUUUCUUCUUAACUUUUAUUUUGCCCUCCCCCUUGAAAAAUUAAAUGAAAAUAGAACCUUAGAUAUUCGGCAUUGUUGCUGCCUGCUCGUGCUCUAACAGAAACCACCCCACGUAAUGUUGGAUCAUCUUCAUGAAGUGAAUUGAUUUGACCAGAAAAAUUUCCACUCGAUUUUCUCUAUUUUCUGUCCGUGUUAUCUAAAAAGAAGUCUAUUUUCAUUAUGUCAAUCAACAUACUUUUUUUCAAGAAUACUUUCUGUGUAUUCUUUAUUUUAUUUACAUUUGGCAGUGAGUAACAUGCUCUUUUUUAGAAAGAAUGUUUUGCGAUCAGUAAUUAGCAUUUAUUAGGGCUUGUGUUCAAAUAACAAAAGUAACUCACUCCAUCAAAAGUCCUUCUGAUGCUUGUUAUUACCACUGUCAUAUUCUUUUUAUCUAGAAAUCUAUUAUUCGCCAUUUCUCAUACUCGUCAUAUAAACACAUUUCUUUUGUAUAUUUUAAACUUUGGUUUUGCAUAACGCAACCUCUCAUCUAACUCCUGAAACUGUAUUCCUAUUUCUAUCUAUUUAAUAGACUCGUUUAUUUUGUUAACGUCAAAUACAGUUUAACAGCUACUGAGUAAAAUAAUAUUGUCAAACAGGA